AUGCGCGCAUCGGUCAGACGAGUGAUUGCAAAGCAGCAUAUGACCAAAAACGAGACUCCAAUUACUAUGACAUCUUUCCCGCGGCUCGGUGUACCGGGAGCAUUUACGCAACCAUACUACCCACCACAUGGACCAAUCGCCAGAAGCAUCUUCGUUCCCGAUGAAAUUAUUAAUCAACAUAUCCGAUUUCCUACUCUCACUGCGAAUAUUAGGUCACGACGAGGCAGCAAAGUGUGUAUCAAUCUUCCUGUAUUUUAUGAUGAGAAGACCCCGAAUCCGUUCAAGGAUCCCACCGUUCAAUAUGAUUUGUCCGACUACCCUGAAGAUGGAGACGUCCGAAAUGGCGCUGCCAAAGAUGGACACGUCUACAUGGAUGCCAUGGGGUUUGGGAUGGGUUCAUGCUGCCUGCAGAUAACCUUUCAAGCCAAAAACAUCAGCGAGGCCCGGACCCUGUACGAUCAGCUCUGCCCACUUGGGCCAAUCAUGCUUGCACUUUCCGCUGCAAGUCCAAUAUUCAAGGGUUAUCUGACAGAUAUCGACUGCCGCUGGAACAUUAUAUCAGGAGCAGUCGAUGAUCGUACGGAAGAAGAAAGAGGCUUGAAGCCGCUCAACGAAAACAAGUAUGUCAUUCCGAAAUCUAGGUAUGACUCGGUUUCAACCUACAUAUCACAAGAUCCGGGUUAUCGACCAGAGUACAACGAUGUUGAUAUCCACCAAAACCUUCCGCUGAAGCAGAAGUUACUCGAUGGCGGAAUGGACGAGCCAUUGGCGAAACAUUUUGCUCAUUUGUUCAUUCGCGACCCUUUGGUUAUCUUCAGCGAGAGUAUUAACAAUUAUUCUGUUGAAAAUAACGACAAUUUUGAGAACAUCCAAUCAACGAAUUGGCAGCAUAUGCGCUUUAAACCGCCACCCAGCGCUGAGGAUGCGAUAGGAUGGCGAGUAGAGUUCAGAAGCAUGGAGGUGCAGUUAACCGAUUUUGAAAAUGCGGCAUUUUCCAUUUUUAUCGUUCUCCUGACCCGGACUAUUCUUUCUUACGGAUUGAAUUUCUAUAUACCGAUAUCCAAGGUCACUGAAAACAUGGAGACAGCUCAUCGGCGGGAUGCAGUUCUUUCCGAAAAGUUCUAUUUCAGAAAGCAAGUGUUUCCGCCCCGUUACGCAAACCGGAGUGGCAAGAGUUCCAAUGCAAGCCCCGGCGGCUCAACAUCCAAUACACCGAAGCCUGUAGAACUUGGUCCUGUUGAGGAUGAAUAUUGUUUGAUGACAGUCAACGAGAUUAUGAACGGGCAGGCUGGCCAGGAUGGGUUCCCGGGAUUGAUCACUCUGAUCGAGUCCUACUUGAAUUCAGUAAACGUGGAUGUCGAAACGAGAUGCGAACUCGCCCGAUACCUUGAUCUAAUCAGGAAGCGGUCGAAUGGGACAUGGGAGACUGCUGCCACAUGGAUUCGAAACUUUGUUCACAGUCACCCAGACUACGAAAAGGACAGCUGUGUAAAUGCCACUGUCAACUAUGACCUGGUAAAAGCUGCCGAAACGCUGGGAAACGGUGAGGGUAAAGGAACGAAUCUUUGGAAGGGCCUUUUUGAGAAAAGAUAG